CCACAUGACGCACAACCUGACGUGUUCUCGAGCCCACGCUCCGCGCACACAAAACCUCGGCCGGCGCGGCGGGCAAACAGGCAUGCGAUAAGAUAGCGCGCUCGCCGCCGUCGGUCCGCGUCGGCCCCGGUGGUGACUGCAGUCGCGCCCUGCUGCGCCGCACCGGACCACCCCACCCGCACCUCCAGCCAGCCGCACCAUGAACUGCUGCGAAAGCAUCAUCAAGUACCUGUUCGGCCUGGUGACGCUGGCCAUCUUCCUGGGCGGCUGCGGGCUGAUCGGCGUCGGCGCCUACGCGCUGUCCAACGAUGGCGCCACGCUGGGCUACUUCAUCGACAGCGACCUGCUCUCUGGCACAGCCGUCGUGAUGAUCGCCGUCGGCAGCCUCAUCGUGGUCGUCAGCUUCUUUGGCUGCUGCGGCGCCUUCAAGGAGAGCCGGUGCAUGCUGGGCACGUUCUUCGGCCUGGUGCUGGUGCUCUUUGUGCUGACCGCUGCCGGCGCCGUGGCCGGCUUCGUGCUCGGCGGCGAUGCCAUCACUGAAGGCCUCGAGGACAUUCUCAACGAUUCGCUGAACAACUACGCAAAAGACAGCGACACCAAGAACGCCUGGGAUGAUGUGCAGGAAGGCUUCGAGUGUUGUGGAGUCAAUGGACCGGCAGACUACAACGCUAGGGGCAUCCCCAAACCGGACUCAUGCGGGGCCAACACUGACGGAUGUUACCAGAAGAUGGUCGACUUCAUUGACGAGAACAGCAAACUUUUUGGCGCCGUUGCUAUCGUGGUCGCACUUUUCCUGUUUCUGUCUAUGAUCUUUUCCUGCUCCAUCCGAGGUUCAAUCGCGUCUUAGUUGUGGAGUGUGCAGCUGCUUGGGCGACAGCAUCUGUCAGUGCAGUGAGCUAAGAUGUUCGAACGACGAACGUUCCAGAUCCCUGUGAUAGGGUAGUCCCUCAGUAUACUGCGUGGCCUGUUGCCUACACUGUUUCUGUUCGUGCAGUACCUACUAUAUCAUUGACUAUGAAGAGAGCAUCGGUGAUUUUAGUGGUCUAUUCAAUUGACAUCUAAGUCUGUACACACAGCAUACGAGUAUAGGUACGCUCAUAGUGAACGGUCUCAGAAUUAAGCAUUAAAGUAGCUGAAAAUCUGUCCCUCUUUCAGUGUAAUUGUCAACUUCAGCACCAGUUUGUGAUUCGUUUCACGAGAAUCCACGCAAAGGCCGAAGGUGCAAGCUGGGAUAUACCAUAUUCGGUAUUGCGCAUGGUAUACGAGCAGUCAAAACGUGUCCGGUAGCAUUAGCAGCCUGGCAUGGUGUUACGAUAUAAUGAUUGUUCCAUUAUUAUGCGAUGAACUGUCAGCUGUUCAACAAUAAAGACCCAACUAGGUACCUUUACCUGUAACCGUA